AUGUCUCAUCAGCACCCCCAUCACCGGGAUCAAAAUCGGCCAAACCACCCGAAUGUGCAGGGAAAUCCAUUUGCGAGAAACCCAGUGCCACCUCAGCAAAUUCAUCAACAAGAACAUUUUGAUCAUCAGCCAGAAGAGCAGAACCACCACCACCGUCAAGAAGAAGAAAGUUUGCUGCUGAAAGAGCCUGUAGCCGUUGAUAUUGAGUCUAGCGACAACCUUGAAAAUGGGCAAGAAUAUGUUGACCAACAAAAUGAGGACAAGUACUCGAAUGAAAGUUCUGGCCCUGGCGAAGUCACUGAACCUAAACAACAGCAAGAGUAUCAAUCGCAUCAACAAACGCACCAACCCCACCAAUACCGACCUCACCCCUUUGUGAGUUCGAGGAAACAAGAAGAGGAAAAGGAACUUUGA